AUGGCACUGCAAAUGAAGAAAAACGACAACCGUACUCCAUCGCAUCCAAUCCGUGUUGGCUUUAUGGGUGAAGCCGGUGCUCAAGCGCUUGCAAAGAUGAACGGCAGCAAGGGUUUCAUAUCACAUCACGCGUCUAUAGCCACAUCUGGAAUGACCGGCGGCGCUCCUUUUGAAAAUCCUAUCCAAAUAACAUCAUACGGUUCACAGGCUGACACUCUGGCUGCAAAGAAUGUUUAUUUGAUGAACUGCAAACUCAUCGGUACCAACAACAGUACCAAUGAUCAGCUUCAUUUCGAAAAUGCUAACCGUAUUAACCUCGGUUCGGUCGACAAAUUCGGCGAGUUCUUUGUCGGGGAGUUGAUCGACAAAAUCACGAUAUCGGCGUUGGGAUAUGUUGUCGGAAGAGAUUUGAUCACCGACCCGGUCUUUAAAGGUAAAAGUACCGUCGUCGUCACGUUGAAGUCAACUGACUACGAUCCCUUGACCAAGGCCAAUGUUAGCUGGCACACCAAGCAUUAUAUUCCUCCCGUGCGCAACAUGGAGAAAGCGCAGAAUCUCUGCCAGUUGGGUCGUGAGGUGCUGCUUACUGGACAAAUUAAAGACUAUGACUCCAAUCUCUUUAUGUGGGAAAGCGAGCAGGUUCAUGCAAUCAGCAUCUGUCAUGGAGAAAUCACUAUUCAAUCAACGCCUUCGUCACGAUCUGGUGGUGGUCCGAGUGGUGGCAGAAUUCCUCUAUCUCUAAAUCGAAACCCAGGUAGCAAUGUCGCCAGUACUUCGUCUCAACGAAUAGAGUCAACAGCCCCCCAGAGUAUCGCCACCGAUAACUCCGAUCCAUUGUAUGAGUCUUUAUUUGGCGGUAACGAAGCCGAAGUUAGCGGAGAUGAGUCGGGUAGCGAGGUUGAUUCCCCGCUCGCUGAGGUUACUAACUCCGCCGGCAAACGUCGCAGACGAAACUGA